AUCUUAUGCUACGUCUCGAGAUAGUGUUCCACUCUGCGCUCAUAUCCUAAAGUAAGUGAAGUAAAAAUCAAUAAUACACUCUGAGUUUAUAUAGUCUGCCUCUUUUAUAAUGGGGAAGGUGCUUUUUGUUAUUAUUUUUACAGUUUUGUUUUCUAAUGCAGUAAGUUUUUUCACACCCAUAAAAGUGACAACAUUCCCAAUUCCUAACAUCAAAUUACCAAAGCCAUUGAUGUUAACGCCCUUACUAGAAAAAGGCAUGUAUGAAGAAGCUCAACAUCUCUCUAGAGUGAAGCCUGACAUUGGGAACACAACAAGUUAUUCUGGAUUCUUCACAGUCAACAAAGAAUGUGAUUCUAAUUUGUAUUUCUGGUUCUUUCCUGCCCAAAAAGAUAACUGGAAGGAAGCACCUUUACUACUUUGGUUGCAAGGAGGCCCAGGUUAUCCUUCCAUGUAUGGACUUUUUGAAGAGCUUGGACCUUUGGAAUCUUACCCAGAAGGUUUAAAGAAGCGACAAUACUCAUGGAAUGUAGAGAAUAAUUUGCUUAUCAUCGAUCAACCAGUUGGGGUUGGCUACAGCUUCACAGGGAAAAGUUGCUACCCUCAAAAUGAAACGGCAGUCGGAGAAGAUCUUUACCAAGCAAUGGUUCAGUUCCAUGAGUUGUUCCCAUUCUUCCAAAAGGGCAAGUUUUUCAUCAGUGGAGAAUCUUAUGCUGGCCAUUAUAUUCCUGCACUGGGCCACACGAUACACAAACACAAUCCUUCUGCUAAAGUGAAGAUAAACUUAGCAGCAAUGCUGAUUGGAGAUGGAUGGAGUGACCCUGUUUCACAGAUCGACUACGGAAGUUAUCUCUAUCAGACUGGAUUUAUUGAUGACACAACGCGUGACAUCUACAAAAGCUACCAGGAUAAGUUCAUCCAGGAAGUCACGGAACAAAACUGGGCAGAAGCUUCCGUGACUCUUGCUGCUAUUACUGGUACUUUAUAUAAUCGUUACGUUGGGAAAAAAGUAGAUGUAUAUAAUUACCUUCCUAAACCCUCUCAAAAGCCACAAAACUGGCAAGUUUUUAUCCAAACAAUAGAAACCCGAAAAGCUCUUCAUGUCGGAAACCUCCCAUUCCAAGAUGGCAAUAGGACUAAAGAUGCACUUUUCGAUGACUUUGUGCAAUCAGUGAAACCCUGGGUGGAAGAACUGCUGGAAUUCUACCCAAUAGUCUUCUACAACGGUCAGGUUGACAUCAUCUGUGCCUACCCAAUGACCAUCAACUUUCUCCGCUCAUUAUCGUGGAGUGGGGCGGCUCAGUAUCUCAAUGCUACAAGGUCACAGUGGUGUGUUGGCCAGGAACUGGCCGGUUACUACAAGGGGGUGCACAAUCUGUACGACGUGUUGGUGCGUGAUGCAGGUCACAUGGUACCAGCAGACCAACCUCUCUGGGCCUACACUCUUGUCAACUCUGUCACUUCGGGAACACCAGACAACCCUUUGCACGCCCUUAAACCUUGCUAAACACUAUUAUCAGUCUUAUUGUCACUUAAUUAACACAAUAAUGAUGCUAUACCUUAAAUAAAGGGAGUUGACUACGUGUGAUAUCCCCUGAAUUAUUUUAAUUACUGACUUGUAGAAGUGAAUAUGUAUUUGCAUGUCAACAGACAGAUG